AUGCCGGGAAGAUUGAGUAACAAGAAUGCCAUCAUUACCGGUGCUGCCGGUGGAAUUGGACUUGAAACAGCAAUCCUUUUCCUCCGCGAAGGUGCCUCGGUUUUGAUGGCCGACGUGAAUUCCGCAGCACUCGACAGGGCCUUAUCGAAAGCCAAAGAGGUGGUACCGGGCCACGUUGGUCGAAUUGAAGCCAAGGUCGUGGAUGUCUCGGCAGAGGCAGAUAUCCAAGCAGUGGUCCAGCACCUUGAUAGUUGGGGCGGGGUGGAUGUGAUGUUCAACAAUGCUGGAAUUCAGCAUCUUAAAGAUGGAGAUGCUGAAGAAUGUUCAGACCCUAUUUGGGAUUUGACUAUGAACAUUAAUGUAAAGGGUGUGUGGUAUGGGUCCAAGCAUGCCGUUCGCAGUCUCCGAAGACAUGGUAAGAAAACAGGCAGUAUCAUAAAUACAGCGAGUAUGGUCGCCCUUGUAGGCGCGGCCACGCCGCAGGUGGCCUAUACGGCUAGUAAGGGAACAGUGCUUGCGUUAACCCGUGAGCUCGCUAUUGUUCAUGCGCGCGAGGGGUACCGUUUCAACUCUCUGUGUCCUGGCCCUCUCAAUACGCCGAUGUUGCAAGAUUUCUUGGGUGAUGACAAGGCCAAGCGUUUUAGGCGGGAGGUACAUUUUCCAACCGGUCGGUUUGGCGAGGCGAUUGAACAAGCCCAGGCAGUGGUCUUCCUUGCAAGUGAUGAGAGCAGUUUUGUCAAUGCAGCAGAUUUCGUUGUCGAUGGCGGCAUGACCAAGGCAUAUGUGACGCCGGAGGGGCCCUCGACUGUAGGACCCAAGAACCUAGGUCAAUGA